AUGAAUGUGACAGAUGAGAGAUACCUUAAGGACCACAUUGUGUCCUCCUCGGUCAUCUCCAUCGAGGUCCUUAUCUCCAACUACAUCACACUAGUGGUAAAUCAGGUCCAAGAAUAUGGGGUUGUUGGUGUAGCCCAGGCCAUCAACAAGAAAUCAGAAAAUGGUGGGACAUUCACUGGAAAAGAUGAAAAGGACUUUGCUGCUUAUUUGGCAUUUUGUGAUAUUGUUCUUCACAAAGCUCAACUCUAUGAAACGUCACUGCUGGAGAACAAAAGAAAUCAGGUGUUACUUGACCUUGCCAGCUUAAUUUUUGAAGAACAGCAGUCACUAGAAGUAAUUCUGAAGAAAAUUGCCACCACCAUCAUCUCCUUCAUGCAGGUGCAGAGGUGCACCAUUUUCAUCGUGGAUGAGGACUGCUCC